AAUUCCCAGCUCAGUUUUCUUUCUUGGAGCCAGGGAAUGUUUUGGCAAUGAUCCCAGAGCUCUUCCCAGAAGGGGUGUUGUUUCUGAGAGGCACCCAGAUGCUUGCACAGUGCUGUGAGCACUUCCAGCACUGCCAGCAUUCCAGCGCCACCAGCAGCACCAGCAGCUCUCUGCUGCUGGAGGGACAAUGACCCCUCAGGGUAGAUAAAGGAGGAAUGGUAGAAACCUGCUGAGAGAGGGAAAGCGUUUGGAGAAUGUCCCAUUUGGAAGAGUGUUUUUAAUCACGAGGAAAUGAGAAGCCAUUCAAAGAAAUCUGCAUGUCGAGCUACUUCCUCUCUGGCAGGAAAAAUGUUCAAGACAAAUAACUCCCAGGAAGUGAAAUUCUGACGUAGCCAAAGAUUUAAUUUCUGACUCUCCCGGUGAGCCUUGCGAAACAAGGGCAGGACAGGGGACAGAGAGAGCCAGCAGGAUGGGAAUGGGGAGCUCCUGGUGAUCUGGGCACUUUCUCCUUCAUGUCACUGACCUGCCAGGAGCCGCUUUAGGACUUGGAUCCCAAAGGAGCAAGAGGGACCAGGAAGCACCGCUGAUCUGCACAGACCCCUUUGCCUGCUGCUGCCCCACAGGGAACAGGUCAGUGGAAUCGUUUCCUUCCUCCCUACCCCACCUUCCUCUCCUGCUGCAGCUGCUCUCUUCCUGCCACCCUCUCCCAGUGACCGCAGUGCCCUCCCCAAGCCCUCUCUUUUCCUCUGCAUCCCGUCUCUAUCCUAGUACUGAAAAGGGCCAGAACAAACUUUCUAACACAAUGCAAAGCAUGAGGAAGCAGGAAUUCUUUACCUGCACAGGACACAGAUGGAUGUCCUCUUGUAUUGUGUGUAUGGUGAGACUUUACAACAGGGUAUUAAUCGAUUAUAACUAUAUGUAGGCAUUGAAAAGUUUUCUUUUCUAAUAAACACCAUUUUCCUAGAACUCAUUUCCAUGCAUUCACCCUCCUCCCAGAACUCAUUUUAUGAUCCUGGAGAUUUAUAAAGAGGGGUCUCUCUGGUGGUCAUAUUCAAUGAAUGCUGCCAUAUUAAAGGUGGCCUUGCCUUGAACUUUUCCUCUGGCCAUGCACUCUUGCCUCUUGUUCCAGAACUUGCCACAAACCACUGCAGGCCUCCUUAUCUGUUUCUGCACUGGUUCCAGCCACGUUUAUCCUCCUGUGUGCCAGCCUUUACAUCCUGUGAGAAACAACCACCCACUUUUUAAAAUUUUUAAAGGUUUAUUAAACCUGAACAAAAAAUACAGCAAAAGGAGUAAAUAAGGAGAAGCAGGCCGGGGAGCUUCCCUCAUGGCUGCCUACCACGUGGCGGGCUCACCUGCAAGAUGGAUGCUUCUCCUUUGAUAGCCCCGGGGGUUGCAUCAGCUAAACCUGGCCCCUCCCAAAGUCUGUCUGCCAACUCUUCUUUGUGUGUAUUGGUGGAGCCUGCUUUCUUGCACCUUGACUGGAGGGCCAGGUGUUGUCAUGCUGCAUCUCCACCCCCAGCAACAAACUUUGUACACCCCUUCUUUGUACCUGUCCUAGAUGACUCAGGCUGUCUGACGGCAGCAAUACAGAGGGGGUAAAAGGGGACUAUGGAGACAACAGGAAACAUCUAAACUGACUAUAAUAGCAUAAUUUUACAUCAAUGAAGCGUCUCUUAAUAUUCACGCACUAUUCAUCCCUUAACUGUGAGAGCCAAUCAUUAUCUAUCUAUAAAACAUGCUUUUAAAAUUUGGACCCUUUGCUUUUGAACAACUUCGGAAGAACUGAGUAUGUUUAUUCUCUAUGCUAUUUAUCAGCCUCCUGCCAAACAGCCCAACCCUCCCACCUCUGUCUCCCGUCCCACAAUUUCCACCACCCUCCUCCCCUGCACAUCUUACUCCUCCCCACUGAAUCCUUCCCACUGCAGUGAGCUGCUGAGGAGCCGCAUGGUCCAUCCCUGAAUUCUCCAAGCACUGACUGCCCAUCCACUCUGACCACAGCCAGGAGCCACAUCCCACUGCCUGCCCAGCAUCCAUCCAUGGAGGUGACCACAGUGUCCCCCCCUGCCAAUUCACCCACUGAUAGACACGAUCUAUGUGAGACAGAUGCCAGCGAUGUGGCCAUACACAGUGUGACACUGCUCAUCUGCCUCUGUGGGCUGGCUGGGAACGGGGCUGUCAUCUGGGUCCUCGGGUUCCGCAUUCAGAGGGACACCAUGAAACCCAUCACUGCCUACAACCUUGACCCGGCCAUCAUCAACUUCCUCUUCCUCAACUUCAUGGUCCCCUCCGCUCUGCUUUUCCUGCUGGAGGAUUUCUCCUGCUCUGCCAUCAUGUCCCCAGCAUACAUUCGCUUCCUUUUCCUCCUCUUCCGGAUGUUCUACAGCGUCGGGCUGUACCGGCUGACAGCCAUCAGCAUCGAGAGGUGCAGGUCCGUGCUCUGCCCACGUGGGCUCUUCUGCCACCUUCCCCAGGACCUGUCAUGGGUGGUAGUGAGUGCCGGGCUCUGGGCCCUUUCCAUCACUGUCAUUGCUGCCAUUUCUGCAGUGACUUCCCUGUGCGAGUCACAGGAACACAAGCUCUGCUGGGGGGCUCUCAUCUCCCUGUACAUCCUCAACUUCCUCGUCUUUGCUCCAUCCAUGGUCAUUUCCAGCAGAAUCCUGUUCAUUCAUUUCAAGGGAAGCUCCCAGCAGCAGCGAUCCAAGAAUCUUGACAUCAUUGUCUUCCUCGCUGUGCUCCUCACUCUCCCCCUCAGUCUCUGGAAUUUCCUGCAGCAGCUCGGCUACACCGCUGUGUUCCCCCGGCUUCUUCUCCUCUUUGCCUGCAUGCACAGCAGCAUCAACCCCUUCAUCUACAUCUCAGUAACAAAGUGCUGGAGGCGCUGCUCCAUGGAGUCCCUCAGGGAGUGCCUGCAGGAGGUCUUUGAGGAGCCAGAAGAAAGCACUGCCCCCAGUAAUGAUGCCACCAGGGACACGGGGGUCUGAGCCUGUUGAGCCCUUCAACUGCCCCCAUGCAGGAGCAUGGGGCAGUGUCUGAGGUUUUCCUUGAGCCACCAGAUUAGUAAAUAUCCAUAGUGUCACCCUCCUGCUCUAUAUUCCUGCAGGAAAAGGAAGCAGAGGCAUUUGCUAAGGGCCAUGUGGGAUGCAUGCUCUACACUGAGCACACUGGAGGAUGGUUGGAGCUUUGAUCCUCCUUCACAUGUCCUAGAGCACUGUUCCCCAAACGCAUCCUUACCAACACAGCUCUGAUCCCAGAAUUCCCCCUGGCAUGCUGGCACCUGGUUCUUGCCUCCCACUGAGGUCUGAUAUCAAUAAACAGCACCGUAAACCCUGAGCUGCCUUUGCCCCCUCUGCCAGCGCCUCCCAGCUUCCUCUGGCUCCUGCUGCGAGCUGAGAAUAUGGCUGGAGGGAGGGGACCGAGAGGUAGUUAGCCACAGGAAUGUUGUGAUUGUUUAGAAAUUUCAUAAUGAACUAUGUUUAAUUAGUCAAGGCAUACUUGCCUGUGGUUUUUUAGCUGGUUUUGAUUUAGAUCUGUGUUGGCUGAGUGUCAGUAGAAAACUCUAUCAACCUAUAGCCCUUAGAGAACUUACUGAAUAGAUGGAGAAAAAAAAAACAAUAAAGUAUUUUUAAUGGUUAUGAUAUAACUAGAAAUAAUUGGAUGUCAUAGAAUAAGAAUGAUAUCUUGAGAGAAUUAGGAAUUCAGAGGCCUAUACAUACCAAAAGAUGUGAUUAAAAAAUUGCAAGAGAUAAAUUGUAAUGGCAAUAAAAGAGCCAUUUCCUAAGCUUGUAAACCUCAGAAAACUUAAUCAGUGGGAAUUAUCUAACCAAGACAUCAAAUUUAAUAAAACAUUGUUUACUGGGAAAAAAAACCAUAUUAUCCAUUCAAUUAAGAUAGAUGGCAUAUUCUGGUAGUAAUUAAAAGAAACAAUACACCUAUACCAUGAUGUAAGAAAUUAGAAGCACUUUUGGGAGUAUUUAUAAGUAAUCUUGGAUAUGAUAGUGCAUAAAAAUGCCUGAAAAGUGUUGUUUAUUUGAACCUGUCUAUGGCAAAUAUAUUUCCAAUAUGUUCACAAUUUUGACUCAAAAUUGUUACUAGUCCAACACGCUUUUGCUGUUAGACUUAAACGUCUUGGUGUCUGAGGGGACACAGCCAUGGCUUGUGUUCCCUGUAGCAGUCAUAAUCCCCAGUGACCAGAGCUGGGCUGGCACAGCCGGCAUGGACACGAUGGCCCAGGGGCUCAGCAUUGCCCACCCCGAGUGCUCUGUGAGUGUCACAGCAGAGAUCUCCCCAGAGAUCUUUAAUUUUUAAUUUUGUGAGCCAGGUGCAAAGGUCGCUCUGCCUUCAGAAAUUCUUCCUCUCCACGGCCUUCAGCUGCUCCCUCUGCAGGCAGCAAGGAGAGGAGGAGGUCAUGGUCCUCACCACAGCCACUCCCUUCCAAGAGCAGGGUGACACCUGUGUUUGUCACCACGGGCUCCACGGGGCAUCACCUGCCUCCCUGUGGCUUUGCUGUGGUCACCAGCCCCACCACAUCCCACAUCUUCUCUCCAGCCCCACCACAUCCCACACCUCCCCACCACACCUUCCCACCAGCUCCUUCAUGUCCCACACCUCCCACACCAACCUCCCAUCCCACUCCCCAUGCAGCCCACCCAUUCCCGUCCUUCCCAUCCCUCCCAGCCCCGUGCCUGAGGCUCCAGUCCCUGCCCAGGGGCUGCUCACCCCAGGCUGCCCCGUAAGGCUUUGGGGCAGUGCUUCUCUUGGAUUUGCCUCUCCCAGCUUCAUCCCUGGGGUCCAGCCCCCCAAACUCCUUUGGACAGAAACAAGAGGCAGUAGAGGGAUGGCUCCACUGUCAUUCAUUGGGGCAGAGAAGCAUGGAAUUGCCUGGAGGAGUGGAAGCACUGCUGGGGGUCCCGUGUGGGGCAGGAGAGGAGCGGGGAUGUCUGGAGGGGAAGGCAGCCUGGGGGGAAUUUCUAGAGGAUGUCAGAGGGGGGCAUGAUGCCUUAGGAUUUUGGCCUUUCUAUUUUUCAAAUCCUGUACUGCAUUAGUGCAUAACUCUAAACUCCAUAUAAAGUGCUAGUUAACUGUCUUCACCUUUUGGUCAAAUAAAACAAUCCCUCUAGGCCUGAAUUCAAGGACACUCUGCUGAGUGAGGCUGGAAAAGUAUAGAGAAAAGUGAAUUGAUGGAACGCAAACUGGGGGUAAAUGACUUCAUUACCUGAAGCUGUAAUUGGAGGAUUAAGCCCUGGUUUGUUAAUGGACCAAACUUAUAUCUGUCUGAAAAACUCGUGACCAUUGUCCAUUUUGGGUGUAGCCCCUCUGAGAGUCUUUGACUGCCCAAGGUGAACCUUCUGAAGGCCUUUCAGAAAUGCCUGCUUUUAUUCUCUUCCCCUUGUCUGGCCUCUGUUCCUGGGAGCCACCCCAAGGCAUCAGGCAGACAGGGGCUGGAGGGGGCAGGAGGGCUCUGGGUGCCACCAAUGCCAAAUCUCCCACUGGACAGCAGCAGAGCCCAACAGGCCACACGUGCAGCCAGGGAGUGACCUCUGACUGGGAAACCAUCGGGAU